AUGGGCAAUUGUUUUAGCAGCCCUUCCACAACCGAUAGGAUAGAAAGGAACAACAGGGGCUUAGGUGUCAACCCCAUAGAAGAUAACACAUUGCAAGCAAAUCCAAUCCCGACUCCUCCAUCGGAGGUAGCCAGGGCCCCAGUGGUAAAUCCCACUGAACCUGAACAAACUAGUGCGCGAAUUUUCGUGGCAUUGUACGAUUACGAUGCUAGAACUGAUGAAGACUUAAGUUUUCGAAAAGGUGAGCAUUUAGAAAUACUAAAUGAUACACAAGGGGAUUGGUGGCUUGCAAGGAGUAAGAGGACCAGACAAGAGGGCUACAUCCCAUCAAAUUAUGUGGCCAAGUUGAAGAGUAUCGAGGCUGAACCCCUGUCAAACGAAACAAGAAAAAAAAAACAAAAUUUAGAACAUAAAAUGUUACCGUUUUUAAUGAAACUCAAAGCGAAAAAAGAAGACGAUUCCGUAAGUUUAUCGUCCGUUGGUCAAGGACGCAGCCGCGAUUCAAGCGGGGUCCGCGGUUCGUUCACUUCGCGACCUUCCAAGUACGUUGAUGAUGUUCCCAGCAGCAUCUUUAACUUAUGA